UAUUGCCAGAAGAAUUACUAGUAAUUUGAAACUUUUAUUUAUUUACAGUAUUAUUCUAAUAAAGUGAAUUUAACAGCCCUGCACUGCAUUUGAAACGGUCUCCACUGCAGUUGUGGCCUUAAUUUUGAUUUAUCUGCAGCCGAGAACAUGGCAAGACUUCUGCUGCUGCACGUGAUUUUUCAUGGCAUCCUGUUUAGUGGUACUUGGACAUGGUCAGUAACAAUGCCAGGGAGCAUUAAAGGCCUAUACGGUUCCUGCUUGGUUAUACCAUGUAGUUACUCCUACAGAUUAUAUCCACCUAAAAACCCUUAUCGAGUCGUGUGGUAUCAGUAUGUUAGUCAUGGAUACCCUUCAGUGUAUGAUAGUUGGCAGCCUGGAUCAGUGAUUGGCAAGUUCAGAGGAAAAACCAGUUUAAAAGAAAACCGACUCCCAACUGACUGCAGCCUGCUGAUUAAGGACCUUGAUCAAUCCCACCAUGGAGAAAAACUUUAUGCCUGGAUAGACCCAGAAAAUGUUGGACGCAGUACUUACAGAUUCUUUGAUGUGACCAGUACAAUUUAUAUUGAAACAUCAGCAAAAGCACCCAGCAUUGACAUUUAUGGAGGAAACCGAAUUGGGGAAACUAUCACUGUUCAGUGCAGCACAUACCACACCUGCCCUGACAGAAAUCCCACUCUGACUCUGAGUGGGAUAGAAGGACGUGAUGGCAGACCAGAACACACAGACAUUGGAAGUGGCAUCUGGAAAAUCACACUGAAACGUACAGGGAUUGUUAAGUCUGAUAAGUACAGAGUUGACUGUGUGGUCAGACAUCCUGGUGGCCUCUCAGCUUCAGCUACUAGAAUACUCACUGCAACAUGUCCCAUUUACACACCCCAGAUUACACCUGAUUCCAGCACAGAGUUUCUUGAGGGAGUGGAAACAGACAUCGUUUGCUCGGUUAUGUACAAGUGCCCCGGAGAUCGACCUUACAUCACUUGGAAUGGUGGACAGUUACCUGGCAGCAUGUCUUUUGUACCAGGAGCACAACAGGAAGCUAGAUCAACACUAAAAUUCACUGCAAGGGCUACUGACCAUGGGAAAGUCUUUACCUGCCGGGUAGAAUUUAAAGGAAGUGUUCAAACAGAGAGAAUUACUUUAAAAGUGAAGCGGUCAAUGUUCUCCCGUGACUGGACCUUCUCCAUACCUAAUGCGAUCAGAGGGGUCCGGGGCUCAUGUGUGGUCAUUCCCUGCAGUUUUGACUUCAAAUCCUCCAAGCCCAGUAAUGUCAAUGUGAAAUGGUAUGAAUUCUCUGAAACACAGUAUCCUUUAGUGUACGAUCAAUCAACACAGAAAGUCAUCCCCAAGUUCAGAGGGAAGACGAGCUUGUACGGAUCUCCAUAUGAGGGAAACUGUAGCUUGAAGAUCCAGCAUCUUGAACUGCAGCAUAACCAGGAGAGACUGUAUCCAUGGAUGGAUCCAAAGGCUAUUGAAACUUACCACAGAGAAAAUUACCUUGAAGUAACGAUUGUCCUUGAAGUAACAGACAUUAUUGAGAAACCAAAGGUGGAUAUUAUUGGCAGUGAGCAGGUCGGUGAGCCGAUCACCUUGUCCUGCAGUGUGAUGCACACCUGUCCUCCAACACCUCCAACACUGAGCUUCAGUAUCUCCCAUGUAACUGAACGUUUGCUGCACACACCCCUAAAUGAAGGCAAAUGGAAGAUAACCAAAGAAAUUACAUGGAACCUCCAGGAGGAUGAUGUUUCUGUUACUUGCACUGUUAGUUACCCAAGUGGACAGACUGCUGUGACUGAAGUCAGGCUCCACCCCUCAUGUGCUUUUGAGAAGCCCAAAAUAAGUCCAACACAAGAUGAUGUCAUGGAGGGAAUUGAGAAGACCUUUACUUGUACUGUGCAUCACACAUGCCAAAAACAGAAACCAACACUCAGCUGGAACUAUCAAAACAUGCCGGUUUCAGUUCAAACUCAAAAGUUUAACUCCACCACCUGGGAAACAGUUUCAACAUUAAAAUUCAGAGCAGUGAAGGAUGAUCAUGGAAAGUCAUUGACAUGCACAGCUCAGACUUCACAGGAAGAGUCUUCAGAUUCUGUUGUUUUAACAGUAAAGAGAGGAAUGUCCUCACUGGACUGGACGUACUCAAUGCCAAGCAAGAUUAAAGGUCUUCAAGGCUCCUGUCUGGUCAUUCCCUGUAGCUUUGACUUCAAAACCACAUGGCCCAGCAAAGUCAGGGUGAGAUGGUAUGAGCUCUCCACUAAACAGUAUCCUUUAGUGUAUGAUGAAGACGGCCGCGGUGUCACUAGUAAGAUCUGGGGGAAGACAGAGUUAUAUGGAUCGUCCAGUGCGGGAAACUGCAGUUUGAAGAUUAACCCACUAAUAAUGCCACAAAAUGAAGAGAAACUGUAUCCCUGGAUGGAUCAAAAUCCAGUUGAAUCAUUCCACAAAGAAAACUAUGACAAUUUUGUGGAACUUCAAGUAACAGAACAAGCUGAUAAACCAGAGCUCAGCAUCCUUGGUGUUCCCCGAGUGGGAGAGCAAAUCACAGUGUCCUGCAGUGUAUGUCAUACCUGUCCACCCAGUCCUCCAACACUGAGCAUGGGUGAAGCUCUCCAUACUGACACCACUGCACAUGUUCCAGGGCAGGAUGGAGUCUGGGUGAUCACCAAACAACACACUUUUGUAAUUAAAGAAGAUGAGCAAACUGUUACAUGCAAAGCUACAUUCCCAGGUGGGCAGACAUCAGAAGCGUCGAUCAACCUCAAUGCUCAAUGUAUCCACAAAGAUAUAAUGAUUGAGCCAGAGCUGGCUGAUGUCACAGAGGGAGUCGCAAAAAACUUUACCUGUGAAGUUUUCCAUUCUUGUAAAAAACAAACUCCAGAUAUCACCUGGAACUAUGAAAACAUGCCCGAGACUGUGAAGACUAAACAAAACCGAGGAUCUGGCUGGGUCACCAAUUCAAAUGUAUUAUUUUUAGCAUCAAUGGAGGAUCAUGGAAAGAAGCUCACCUGCACUGCAAAAUUUCCUCAUGGAGAAAUCACAGCUUCUGUGGUUUUAUAUGUUCAAAAGUUUGUUCCCAAAAUAGUGGAUCCAUUUGAGAAUGACACUUUGCACAUUUUCGAGGCAAACGUGGUGUCCAGGAUCAGUGCCCUGACCCGCUCCUGUGUGGUGAUACCGUGCACUUUCCAGAUCGGAGACGUGCCUGUCACCCGGCUCCGUGGCCUGUGGUACACCAACAACGGGGAAUAUGUUUACCAUACUGGACAGACCAACGUUCUGGACAACUUUAAAGGUCGCACAAAGCUGUUGGGGGACACAAAUGAGCAGAACUGCACUUUAGAGAUCGAUGAUGUCCAAGCCCAUGAUAAUGGGCCAUUUUGUUUCCAUGCAGAAAAGGGUAGCGACAAGUACAGGUUUAACCACAGCUGCGUUUUCAUUGUGAUGAAAGCAACUCCUGACAAGCCUGUGAUCUCGGAUCUUCCUGAAGAGCUGGAGCCAGGCAAGAGGUAUACAAUUAGCUGUUCUGUCACCCACACGUGCCCCUCACACCCCCCAACUAUAACCUGGAGUAUUCCAACUGUCAAGAAAGUGGUGAGCCACACAGAGACAAGUGGAGGCCGGUGGAAAACAACCUCAACAGUUACUUACGUACCAACUGGCUACGAAAAAGAAGAAGACCUUAUUUGCACAGCCUCAUUCUGGAGAGGAAAGAAACAAGAGCAUUCAGUCGAGCUUCCUUUGAAAAGAUAUGAGGGGCUGGGAAUGGAGACCGUAGGACCUUACAUCCUCGCACCACUGUUCCUAGUUUUACUUCUUUGUGGUGUAGCUAUAGCUGGAACUAUCAUUUAUAAGAAGAGGGCUAGGCGGAUGCCUUCAGACGGAGAGAGGACCGAGAAAAGGAGAUCAGUGUGGGCCCAAUUAUCCAGGAGAGCUGAUGGAACUGCAAGCUGGCUGCCAUCUGUAAAAAGAAACAAUGUACCAGCACGGCCACCAAAACCUGAGAAAAGGCAAGCUUUGAAUACAAUUCCAUUGAAAUUACAUAUGUCUUCCUUUUCCCUUGAGAGUAGACAGAGCAUCUGGAACCGCUUUUCCAGAAGAGGUCCAGUAGACAGUGCCGGUCUGAUGGUGGAGUGCAACGCACCCCAAAGGCCACCGAAACCUGAGAAAAGGCGCAGCAUCUGGAGUCGCUUUUCCAGGAGAGUUCCAGAUCAGACAGUGGGGUACAAUGUCCCAAAAUCCUACAACAAAUCAGGAGGAGGCUGUUCGGCUCAUUAUGAUGAAGAUUUCAGCUUAAAUGGAAAUGCAUGAUGAUGGAUGCGAAGAUUCUAUGAAGGACAAAGCAACAACAUGUUUUCUUUUUAAUGAUAUAUGUUCUGUACUUCUAUACGAUCCAUUUCAUAGCACCUAAUUAAGAUUUGAUUUACAAUAUGUCCAAAAGUUUGUAGACACCUGCUCAUGCAGCAUUUUUUCUCAGUAUUAAUAGAGAAUUUAUUUCCCCUUUGCUGCAGGAAUGACCUCUACUGAUAAGGCUUUGCAAUAGAUUGCUGUGCACAUUGCUGUGAGGAUUUGAUUGCCACAAGAGCAUUGGUGAGAUCAGUUACUGAGGCUGAAUGAUUACAAACACAAUUCCAAUAUGUUGGGACAGUAGAUAAAUGCAAAUAAAAUCAGAGCACAGUGAAGUAUAAAUCUACUUUGACCUGAAGUUGAACAGAAAGAAAAGCAAAGACAAUAAAUUUAAAGUUUUACCUCAUCAACUUCAUUGUUUUUUAUGAAUUUACACUCAUUCUGAAAUUGAUGCCUGCAACCAAGUUGAAACAGGGGCAAAUUAAGUCUAGGAACACUGUGAAAUGUUCAAAUAACAUACUACACAGGUGAUGCAGUUAUGCUUGCAUAUAGAAGAAGCAUCUAGAAAAACUUAGUCCUUUGUUAGGAAGGAUGGGUCAAGGCUUGCCACUUUGACAAAAAUGCAUCAACAAAAAAUGUGAGUGUUUGAAAAGAAUGUUCCGCAGCUAGUGAUUGCAAGGAUUUUAUUCCCUACAUGGUCUCAAGAAUACUUUCAAUAAACGUUGUAGGUUGCUGCAUCAAUAAAUGCAAGUUAAGACUGUGAACAGUGGAAAUAAAAGACCUAAAGAAGAAAAGACCCAUCCAGAUUGUUACUUGCAUACAUUUCAAAAGCCAGAGACUCUCAGGGUAUGAUGGGGUAUUAGUGGAUAACUUGCACAUUUUGGAACAACAUAUGCUGCCUUCCAGACAUCAUCUUUUUCAGGGACAUCCAAGCUUAUUUCAACAUGACUGUGCCAAAACACAUUCUGCAUGAGUUACAGCAGCAUGGCUGCAUAAUCAGAAAGUGAGGGUCCUAGACUGGCCAGCAGUCCAGUCCCUGAAAAUGUGUCUUAUUAAGCUCAAAAUAUGAUAACAAAGGCUCUGUAGGAUUGCACAGCUGAAGACUCAUAUAACAAAAGAACAGAAGAAGUUUCGCUUUUAAAACUGGAUCAGUUUGUGUCUUCAGUCCCCAAAUGAUUAAUGUAAUGUUAAAAGUAAAGCUUAUGUAACACAGUAGUAAAUGUACUCCUGUCCCAACCCGUUUAGAAAGUGUUGCAGGCAUCAAACAAUGCAAUGAAGUUGAACAAUGUUCAAACAAUGUUCAAACAAUGAAGUUGAACAAUAUUAAAUAUUGUUUUUCUACCUUUUUCAAUAUAAUAUAGGUCAAACAGAAUUUACUAUUUACUGCUUUCUGUUUUUAUUAGCAUUUCACACACUGUUGUAGUCCUGAAUGACAAAUGCCACCCCAACUGAACCCAAGGGUUCUAAGUGGGGCUCCAUCACUCGAGAGACUCUAGUUCCAUUGCUCCCACACACCUUUUACCAGUGGUUGGCAUUUGCCUUGCUGACAUUAAGCUCAUGUACAGCUGCUCCACAGCCUCUCAUUCUACUAGAAAUGAUUUUCUACAAAGAUUAUAAAAGCUGUUUGUGCAGUUGUUCACCUGUAUUAGCAAUGAGUACAUAAAGUAGUUUAAAAUCACUCAUUAGAGGGGGUGUCUGGAUACUUUUGGACAUUAAUUGUAGCUUGUUAUUUCUGUAUGAUUUUAUAUGAUUGCAGUAUGAGAAAUUGUGAAUAGAGUCCUCAGUUUAUGUAAAGCCUCAGUCAGGAAUAGCUGCAGUUAGCUUAGUUUUUCUGAUUUUAACACCAGAUAAUUUUGAACAUCAGUAAUUCUAAAAACAUAUAGAGUGUGCACUGCCUGCAGGCUUAAUGCCUUUGGCCCUACAAAAAAUUUGAGCUGUUAAAGAGAGGAGUUUUAAUAAAAUUUACUAGGAUAUAUACUUUAUUUCCUUUUUUCUACAGCUUCAGCAGCAUUUUUGCAUUUUAAACAAUGGCAAUUAUCUCUUUCAGAUAAUGUUCCUAUAAGGAAGAUUAUUUGAAAGUUAUUAAAGUUAUGAUUUGAAUUUCCUGCUUACCUUGCAUAUUACUACUGUAUAAACUAACCACAUCUAAAGCCUCACCUCUAAUAUUUACUGCACUGUAUUUUUAUUAGUUAACAAAGUCAACAUUAUAAUGCCUUACUUAUUAAAGUCUUUCAGCUGGAAACAGAU